AUGCCCCAGCCUGCUUCUUCUGCUUCUUCUUCAUCGCCUUCGAAUCCUCUGACUGUGGUGGCAGAGCCCAAUCAGCCCCCACAGGAUGGUAAUCCGUUGCGCGGAUUUGAUCUUCUCAUCAAGGGAUUCAAAGAUAUGACUCUCAAGGAGCUCGAAGCCAACUCGUGCGGUGGCAAAGAAGGCCGGGUGGCCAUUCUGCAGCAGCGCAUGGGCGUCCUCUCGAGACUUGAAGUGGACCUACACACCUUCGCGGAUCGUCAGGCCAAGGCACGGCAGAUCGCUGAGGAGCAUCGGGAUCUGGUGUUCGAAGCGCAGAAGCUCAAAGAAGAUCUUGAAGCAUCCAAGGAACAGUGCAAAGAGUCGCAGCGAGCUUCGAAGCAUUGGGAGAAUCAGCAUCGCGUGGCUGUCAAUCGGGCUCGAACGGCGGAGGAAGAGUUGAAGAAGAGGGCCACACAGACCGACGAAGCGCGACAGCAGGCUGAACAGGAACGAAAGAAGGCCCAGAAACUCCAAGCAAAGGUCGACGAGCUGCAAAAGCUCCAGCUUCAGCAGCAAAAGGUCGCACAAGGCAGCGGUGAAUUGAGCAAGAAACCGACGAAAGAUACGGCAAAUCCAGAUCUACAGGGGCUCUCGCGAAAAAACGACAAGCUAGCAGCGCAAUUGAAGAAGAAACAGGAGGAAUAUCAAGUCAAAUCUCUUGCGCUUCAAGCAGCAACCAAAGAGCUCGGAGAACUGAGGACUGAGGUGGCGAGACUCACUACAGAGAACGGCACGGUCAAGAGCGAGAUCGACAUGCUCAGGCAUAUACAGAAGGAAGUAAAGGCUGAGAGCGACUCUGAAUUGGCUCAAGCUAAGGUGGAGAUCGCAACGCGAAUGCGACAACUCGAGUUCUUGGGGCGACGAUACCAGGCUCUGAAAGCUGAUCUUGAGAAGACAGAUUCUACACUGCUAUCUGAGAAAGAGACAUCCGAAAGAUUGCGUCAGAAGAUCAGAGAACUCACUGCCUAUGAGCCCCUAGGAGAUGCAGAGAUCGCAGAUCGUAUUCGGAUCCGCAAUCUUAUUGAUCAGGCUCAAGAACGUCUCGCCAUUGCUGCUGGCCUAGAACCCGCUCCCGGCGAGAGCCUCGCGUUGACCUGGAGGCUAGCACUUGGACCCGGCACAAAUGACGCUGUACGCGUCGAACGUGCUAAGGAGCUGCUCUCUGGCAACAAUCUCUCACCGGGAGAUAUCGAAUUCAUUUCGAAUGAAGAGGCACUUCAUCAUGCUUGUCAAAGCUACUCUCGUUUCCGCGCUCCUGGAAACGAUCUCCAUAAUAUGCUGGACAGAGCGGGAUAUCUGACCUCUCUUGAUCGCUACUUGAAGCAUGUUCAUUCUGAGUCUGCGCGGGCGCCGCUGGAGGCUAUGGUUGAUUAUGUUUGCCCUACGGCUCCUGAUCCUUCUGAGUAA